GCCGCUGCCGCCUCAGCCCCUCCACAGCGACGGCGGCGGCCGCGGCGGCUGAGUCGGUGGCGGCGGCAGUGGCGGCGGCUGCGGGCUCAGCGGCGAGUUUCCGAUUUAAAGCUGAGCUGCGAGGAAAAUGGCGGCGGGCGGAUCAAUAUCCUUGCUGAACAGUGGAAUCACAGACCAAUAAAAAUAAGCUCCUACUUGAACAUCACUUGACUGGUUAGCCAGAUAACCCAAAUGAAAACUAGUUGAUGCCAUUUAGUCAUAUACCAACAUUUUCAUGACUUUUGAACUGUUUUUGAUGUGUGGUCACGAUGAGCGGAUUGGGAGAAAGCUCUUUGGAUCCACUGGCCCCUGAUUCACGAAAACGCAAACUGCCAUGUGAUGCUCCAGGACAAGGUCUUACCUGCAGUGGUGAAAAGUGGAGACGGGAGCAGGAGAGUAAAUAUAUUGAAGAAUUGGCUGAACUGAUAUCUGCUAAUCUUAGCGAUAUUGACAAUUUCAAUGUCAAACCAGAUAAAUGUGCAAUUUUAAAGGAAACAGUAAGACAGAUACGUCAAAUAAAAGAGCAAGGAAAAGCUAUUUCCAGUGAUGAUGAUGUUCAGAAAGCUGAUGUAUCCUCUACAGGACAGGGAGUUAUUGAUAAAGACUCCUUAGGGCCACUUUUACUUCAGGCAUUGGAUGGUUUCCUGUUUGUGGUGAAUCGUGAUGGAAACAUUGUAUUUGUGUCAGAGAAUGUCACACAGUAUCUGCAGUAUAAGCAAGAAGACCUGGUUAAUACAAGUGUCUACAAUAUCUUGCAUGAAGAAGACAGAAAGGAUUUCCUUAAAAACUUACCUAAAUCUACAGUUAAUGGAGUUGCCUGGACAAACGAGACCCAGAGACAAAAAAGCCAUACGUUUAAUUGCCGUAUGUUGAUGAAAACACCUCAUGAUAUUCUGGAAGACAUAAACACUGGUCCUGAAAUGCGCCAGAGAUAUGAAACAAUGCAGUGCUUUGCCCUGUCUCAGCCGCGAGCCAUGAUGGAGGAAGGGGAAGAUUUGCAAUCCUGUAUGAUCUGUGUAGCACGCCGCAUUACUACAGGAGAAAGAGCGUUUCCCUCAAACCCUGAGAGCUUUAUUACUAGACAUGAUCUUUCAGGAAAAGUUGUCAACAUAGAUACAAAUUCACUGAGAUCCUCCAUGAGACCCGGCUUUGAAGAUAUAAUCCGAAGGUGUAUCCAGAGAUUUUUUAGUCUUAAUGAUGGUCAGUCGUGGUCUCAGAAACGUCACUAUCAAGAAGCUUAUAUCCAUGGCCAUGCAGAAACCCCGGUGUAUCGAUUCUCAUUGGCCGAUGGAACCAUAGUGUCAGCACAAACCAAAAGCAAACUCUUCCGAAAUCCUGUCACAAAUGAUCGGCAUGGCUUUGUUUCAACUCACUUUCUUCAGAGGGAACAGAAUGGGUAUAGACAAAACACGAAUCCUGUCGGACCAGGGAUUAGACCUCCAGCAGCUGGAUGCAAUAGUUCAGUAGGCGGCAUGAGCAUGUCGCCAAACCAAGGUUUACAGAUGCUGAGCAACAGGACCUAUGGCUUGGCUGACCCCAGCACCAUAGGGCCAAUGAGUGGGGCUAGGUAUGGGCCCUCCAAUCCCAUAGCUUCAAUGAACCCUGGGGCAGGCAUGCAGUCACCAUCUUCCUACCAGAACAGCAACUAUGGUCUCAACAUGAGUAGCCCCCCACAUGGGAGCCCUGGCCUUGGUUCCAACCAGCAGAACAUCAUGAUAUCUCCUCGUAACCGUGGGAGUCCCAAGAUGGCCUCACACCAGUUUUCUCCUGUUGCAGGUGUGCACUCUCCCAUGGGAUCUUCUGGUAAUACUGGGAGCCACAGCUUUUCUAGCAGCUCUCUGAGUGCUCUGCAAGCUAUCAGUGAGGGAGUGGGGACUUCUCUUUUAUCCACUCUGUCUUCACCAGGCCCCAAAUUGGAUCACUCUCCCAAUAUGAAUAUGAGCCAGCCAAAUAAAGUGAACAGUCAGGAUUCUAAGAGUCCCCUGGGCUUGUAUUGUGACCAGAAUCCAGUGGAGAGUUCUAUGUGUCAGUCAAAUAGCAGGGAUCACCUCAGUGACAAAGACGGUAAGGAGAGCACUGUCGAAGGGUCAGAGAAUCAGAGGGGUCCUUUGGAAAGCAAAGGUCAUAAAAAAUUACUGCAAUUACUUACCUGUUCUUCUGAUGACCGGGGCCAUUCCUCCUUGACCAACUCCCCCUUGGAUUCAAGUUGUAAAGACUCUUCCAUUAAUGUCACCAGCCCCUCUGGGGUCUCUUCCUCAACCUCUGGAGGAGUGUCCUCCACAUCGAAUAUGCACGGGUCCCUGCUGCAGGAGAAGCACCGGAUUCUGCACAAGUUGCUACAGGAUGGGAAUUCACCCGCGGAUGUGGCCAAGAUCACCGCAGAGGCCACUGGGAAGGACACCAGUAGUACGGCGUCCUGUGUAGAAGGGAGUGUCAAGCAGGAGCAGCUGAGUCCUAAGAAGAAGGAAAAUAACGCACUUCUUAGAUACCUGCUGGACAGGGAUGAUCCUAGUGACACACUCUCCAAAGAACUGCAGCCCAAAGUGGAAGGAGUGGACGGUAAACUGAGUCAGUGCGGCGGCUCCGCCAUCCCGAGCUCGAGUCAAGAGAAGGACUCGAAAAUUAAGACAGAAACAAAUGAAGAGGGAUCUGGAGACUUGGAUAAUCUAGAUGCUAUUCUUGGUGAUCUGACUAGUUCUGACUUUUACAAUAAUUCCAUAUCCACAAAUGGUAGUAAUCUGGGAACCAAGCAACAGAUGUUUCAAGGAACUAAUUCUCUGGCAGGUUUGAGGAGUCCACAGUCUGUGCAGGCCAUUCGUCCCCCAUAUAACCGAGCAGUGUCUCUAGAUAGCCCUGUUUCUGUUGGAUCAAGUCCUCCAGUAAAGAAUAUCGGUGCUUUCCCCAUGUUACCAAAGCAGCCCAUGUUGGGUGGGAAUCCAAGAAUGAUGGAUAGUCAGGAGAAUUAUGGCUCAACUAUGGGUGGACCAAACAGAAAUGUGACUGUGAAUCAGACUCCUUCCUCAGGAGACUGGGGCCUACCAAACUCAAAGGCCAGUAGAAUGGAACAUAUGAGUGCAAACUCCAUGGGAAGACCCGGAGCAGAUUAUAAUGCUUCUUUACCCAGACCUGCAGUGGGCGCCUCGAUGCCUACCUUGCCUCUGCGGGCCAAUAGCAUCCCAGGGGCAAGACCAGGGUUACAGCAGCAGCAGCAGCAGCAGCAACAGCAGAUGCUUCAAAUACGGCCUGGUGAGAUUCCCAUGGGAAUGGGGGUCAGUCCAUAUGCCCAGGCAGCACCAUCUAACCAACCGGGUUCCUGGCCAGAUGGCAUGUUGUCCAUGGAACAGGGUCCUCAUGGGACUCAAAAUAGGCCACUUCUUAGGAAUUCCCUGGAUGAUCUCCUUGGGCCACCUUCUAAUCUAGAAGGGCAGAGUGAUGAAAGAGCAUUGUUGGACCAGCUGCACACUCUCUUGAGCAACACAGAUGCCACAGGCUUGGAAGAAAUUGACAGAGCUCUGGGCAUUCCUGAACUUGUAAAUCAAGGACAAGCUUUGGAGUCCAAACAGGAUGCUUUCCAGGGCCAGGAAGCGGCGGUAAUGAUGGAUCAGAAGGCGGCAUUAUAUGGGCAGACGUACCCGACCCAGGGGCCUCCAAUGCAGGGAGGUUUUAAUCUUCAGGGACAGUCACCAUCUUUUAACUCCAUGAUGAAUCCGAUGAACCAGCAAGGCAGUUUUCCUCUCCAAGGAAUGCACCCGAGGGCCAACAUCAUGAGGCCCCGGACCAGCACCCCCAAGCAGCUCCGAAUGCAGCUUCAGCAGCGGCUGCAAGGCCAGCAGUUUUUGAAUCAGAGCCGUCAGGCGCUGGAGAUGAAAAUGGACAGCCCUGCUGCUGGGAGUGCUGCCGUGAUGAGGCCCAUGAUGCAGCCCCAGGUCACCUCCCAGCAGGGUUUUCUGAACGCCCAGAUGGUGGCUCAGCGCAGCAGGGAGCUGCUGAGUCAUCACUUCCGCCAGCAGCGGGUGGCCGUGAUGAUGCAGCAGCAGCAGCAGCCGCAGCCGCAGCCGCCGCAGCCGCAGGCCUUCAGCCCGCCCCCGAACGUGACCGCCUCCCCCAGCAUGGAUGGGGUUUUGGCAGGGCCCGUGAUGCCACAGGCUCCUCCCCAGCAGUUUCCAUAUCCACCAAAUUACGGAAUGGGACAGCAACCAGACCCGGCCUUCGGUCGAGUGUCUAGUCCUCCCAAUGCAAUGAUGCCCUCGAGAAUGGGUCCUUCCCAGAACCCCAUGAUGCAGCACCCUCAGACCGCGCCCCUGUAUCAGUCCUCGGAAAUAAAGGGCUGGCCGUCAGGAAACCUGGCCAGGAACAGCUCCUUUCCCCAGCAGCAGUUCGCCCACCAGGGGAGCCCUGCGGCGUACAGUAUGGUGCACAUGAAUGGCAGCAGUGGUCCCAUGGGACAGAUGAACAUGAACUCCAUGCCCAUGGCUGGCAUGCCCAUGGGUCCUGAUCAGAAAUACUGCUGACACCCCUUCACCAGGACCUCCAAGGAAAUCACUGUACAAAUGACACUGCACUAAGAUUCUUGGGAGUGAAGAAUCCUUGCCUGCACACUCAGCUCUGAGGAAAGACCCGGCUUCGGUCUCCGGGAAGGGUAUUCCGAGCUAAGUCAUCUGAGCAGGACUGGAUCUGAAGCAGAUGUGCGAUGUCUACCUGUAUUUCCCUCCUCCUGUGUAUCGUGGAGUUCACAACACUUAUCUUUGGCAUUCUGCCCCUUAGGGAUGGGGUUCUGGAGGGACGGGGUGUGACUGAUCCUGAAACUCUGCCCGUACCCCUUCUUUCUGCCUGGUUGUCAGUGUUUCGCAUCUGUGGGGGCGGGCUGGAGGACCUCGGAGAAGUCCAGAGAGGGGAGGAGGUCUGGUUUCUCUCGUGGCAGUACCUGACGGAGAACACAGUUGCCGAACUUCACGUGUUCUUGUCGUGACCAGAUGGUUCUGUGUUCUCACUGGAUUCUGUCCCGAGAAGUUGGCCUUUCUCAAUUCUUGUCUUUUAAUGAUUGUGUUGAGUUGCUCCAGCCCUGUUCUUGGUUGUCCUGGACCUUUCCCUGAGUAAGAACUUACUCUGUCUUUAAUGUCCUGUAAUACUUUACCUCUAGGAGAUGUCCUUGAUGUCACAUGGCUUCGUGGAAGGGACAGCGAGAUGACAGUAUUUAGUUGCAGCAGUAGCAGCUUUUCCCAUGCUAACGUGCGGCCGAGUGCACUUUAUUUAAAAAGUAAUGGAUAAAUGCAAUAUUCCUGAGGUCUUGAGGAAUGGUGAACCACAUUCCCGGUUUUUGUCUGAACUGAUCCGUUGGGCAAGGACUAUGGUUUUUGUUGUUGUUUGAAGUACUGGUGUCACCCUUUGCCUAUAUGGUAGAGCAAUAAUGCUUUUUGAAAAUAAAUUGCAGAAAACCCAAGGCCAGGUACUGCAUUCUGAAUCAGAAUUUCGCAGUGUUUCUGUGAAUAGAUUUUCUUUUGUAAAUACGAUCUUUAAGAUAUUGUAUUAUGUAAAAUAUGUAUAUACCUUUUUUGCAGGUCACAACAACUCAUUUUUACAGAGUUUGUGAAGCUAAAUAUUUAACAUUGUUGACUUCAGUAAGCUCAGUGUGGUGAGGCUACACAGAGAAGAGACAACCCCUGAAUUUUGUGGCCUGGGAGAGGGGAUGGCGGUCUGCAGGCGCACCCCCCCGCCAUCCUCCAGUGUUAGAUGCCUCCCUCUUUUCGAUCUCUUAAAUGCUUUUUUUUUUAAAAGAUAAUUUGUUUAGAUGUAGGCAUUUUAAAUUUGUCUUUUAAAUUCCUCUACCAGAACUAAGCACUUUGUUAAUUUUAGGGGAAAGAAUAGAUGUGGAGAAAUAAACUUUUAAAAAAAGAUAUCAAGAAUUUUAAAAGAUCAGUUUGAUUUAAAAGGAAUUUUGGAUUUUAAGCGGUCCAUAAAUUAAACAAUAGCAGUUCACGAUAGUCUGCUUUUUAAUUGAAUAUGUUGCCUCCUCAUCCGCUGUAGGAGUGCUCUAAGGUUUUGGUUGCUAGGACCCAAAUCCCACAUUGAGAUCUCGGGAGUAGACCCCUUGAUGUGUGGCGUCUAGUGUCUGCUCGGCUGUCUUGUCACUUGGAAGCGGUGCGCUCCUGGUCCCUGAGAGCUGGAGUGGCUUCAGGGGGUUUCUCAGGGAGCUCAUCCCCCAGGGUGGCCGGGUGUGCAGCUUCCCAGCUGUGGUCUGGCUGAGCGCGUGCCUUUGUGCUCCCUGCCACUGCCCCUUUCUGCUCUUGCCGGGCUUGGACACUCGUUCUUGUCCGUUGGGAAUAGAGAAAAAAUUUAAUUCCUUUUAUCUGGCUUACUUUAUUAGCUUCAAAUAGUUGAAUGAAAUUGGGUUUUCAGGUACCCGUGAAUUUCAAAGGUCUCUGGCUAGCUUUGGUAUCAAUUUCCUAGCAAUAACCGAGAACCAGUUAAUGUUUGUUUUAUUUCAUACAUAUUUAGCCAAUUUUUCUAGGUGUUUCUGAAGGUAAGAUCACUUAAUUUCUUUGACUUAAGCAUAAGUGAAACCCGUAUUUCCAGAACCACCUCUUGAAUAGAUUUGGAUUUGACACCCUCUCCCCCACUGCCUGGUUAAAAAUAAAUCUGAGAUUGUAAAUCCAUCGACUUCCAUCACAGUGGCCUGUACUUUUCAGAUAACAUACCCUCCUGUCUGGAGACAGAGACGUAGCUGAGUCAGUCUCUUGUCUUUUUAGUGUAUCUGAACCUUUCCUGUUUAUUAAGUCAUGUGUGCGUGGGGAGAAAGAGAAUGGUGCUCUUACCUUUCUUGACUUUUAAAAAUUAUAAACAAAAAACACAAAGUUUUAUGAUUCUUUUCCUCAGUCCCAACUCCAGGCUAACUGGAAGGCAGCACCCCCUUUUAUAUGGAAAAAAAAGGAGAAACUUUAUUAUAAGUUUUUAUAUUUUCUACUUGUUCAUUUUAUUGGUGCAAACUUAAGAAUUUGAUUUUCUUUUAAUAGAUGCCGUCUUUUGAGAUAAUUUGUUUUUACCUUUUACCUAUUGUCCUUUUAUCUUUUUUGGAUACUUCUCUUUGUACUCCUGCUGCCUACCUCUCCCUACUCCCCAAGCCCCACUUUUUUAAACCUUGGUAUUUCAUCUGCUUUUAGAAUGUGUGAUAUUUCCAGUACCUACUUUUUUGCUGAAUCCAAAGAUAUAUAAAUAUAAAUAUAUAUAUUUUAUAAAGAUCAAAAUGAUAAUAGAGGAGAUACAUUUCUUCCUUUAAAAAGCAAAUAGAAAUUCAUUGUUGAUGUUCGUAUUAUGAUGCCACUUUUCUAAAUUGUGCAUCUUGAUGGAAAAGGUGUAAAUAUCAAUCACCAGGACUGCUUAGUUAAUUGGUAUUUAAUAUCUGGGUGAGUUGGGGGUAUGGGGAGGGGGAGCAUAGAAUAUACUUGGCUUGCGGUCCUUGAAAGGACUGCCAGGUAAGUUGUCCUUAUGCCUCUCCGGUUCCAUGAGUUUUGUUCACAAGUGGGGGCGUCCUAGGAGUAAAGCCUGUAGGACAGACAAAACCCCCUGCUUCGGAGGAGCAAGAGCUGCUUUUCAGCUCGAAGGCCAACUGUUUAAUGAGCAAGGUGUUUUUUUCUUUCCUUUCUCUGUCUUUCCAAUGUGUGGAAUUUCGAUGAUGGAAAUGUCAUUCUGAGAGCAAUAUUUAAAAUUCUCAGGAACUGACUUAUAGUAUUGAGAAUGAAUUCAGUUUCAAUCAAGUUUACAUUAAAUGUUUCUUCUAAAAAUCUAAAUCAUUCUUUACACUGCAAAGAACCCAGACCACAUGGGAUAACUUAGGAGAUGGUUGAGUGGUAAGCUCUGACUGCGUUGCAGAUCAUUUUGGAUGUCAUUGUAAAUAAAGGUUUCUAUUUAACAUUGAUGCCUAA